GGAGCUGCGGCGGUGCGUAGGCGCUUCCUGAGGGGCGUGGAGGUACUGGCGGAUCCAGGAUCCCCCAAACUUGGGAACACGGGGUUACCAGGGAGAGAGCGGAGGAGUAUCCGAGGAGCCCUAAGCGCGAGGAUUCUUGAUGAAAAGCACUGUGAAGAAUGGUCUCUGUGGACCUGGAAGGGCUGAAACAUCAAUGACUCGAGAAGAGAAGGCCAAGGACCUUAAGGCAGGCAUGAGUCAAGAACGAGUUACUCCUGGGCUGUGGACCAUUCACCGAGAUGGAGAAGUCCUUAUGAGGCUUUCAAAACACGGGCCAGGCCAUGAGACCCCCAUGACCAUCCCUGAAUUUUUUCGGGAGUCAGUCAACCGAUUUGGGACUUAUCCAGCCCUCGCAUCAAAGAAGAAUGGAAAGUGGGAAGUUCUGAAUUACAACCAGUACUACGAGGCUUGUCGGAAAGCUGCAAGAGCCUUACUCAAGCUGGGCUUGGAGCCUUUCCACUCAGUCGGCAUCCUUGGGUUUAACUCAGUCGAGUGGUUCCUUGCGGCUCUUGGCGCCAUCUUCGCGAGGGGCUUCUGUGUUGGUAUUUAUGCCACCAACUCUGCGGAAGCCUGUCAACAUAUCAUUGCUCACGCCAAAGUGAACAUCCUGCUGGUGGAAAAUGACCUACAGCUGCAGAAAAUCCUUUCGAUUCCAAAGACCAAGAUGGAGACCCUAAAAGCAAUCGUUCAGUACAGGCUGCCAGUGAAGGAGAGCAAAUGUAACAACCUGUACUCUUGGGAUGACUUCAUGGAGCUUGGCAACAGCAUCCCCGAGUCCCAGCUGGACCAGAUCAUCAAGAGCCAGAAGGCCAAUCAGUGUGCUGUGAUCAUCUACACUUCUGGGACCGUAGGCUAUCCCAAGGGGGUGAUGCUUAGCCAUGACAACAUCACGUGGACGGCGGGGUCGGUGGCGAGGGACUUCCAUCUGGCUUACGCUCCUGAGAAGCAGGAGGUGGUGGUCAGCUACCUUCCUCUCAGCCACAUCGCAGCUCAGAUGAUGGAUGUCUGGAUACCCAUGAAGGUCGGGGCUUUCAUCUACUUUGCUCAACCAGAUGCACUCAAGGGCACUUUGGUCAACACUCUGCAGGAGGUAAAGCCUACCGCCUUCCUGGGGGUGCCCCGAAUUUGGGAAAAGAUGCAUGAGAAGAUAAAGGAAACUGUUGGCAAAUCUUCAAGCUUGAGGAGAAAGGUGUUCUCAUGGGCAAGAAAUAUUGGCUUCAAGGUCAACUCAAAAAGGAUGCAAGGGGGGCAUGACACUCCCAUGAGCUACCGCAUGGCAAAGGCCCUCGUGUUCACCAAAAUCAAGAAUUCCCUUGGCCUGGAUCGCUGCUGCAUUUUUAUCAGCGGGGCCGCACCCCUCAACCAAGAGACUGCUGAGUUCUUUCUAAGUCUGGACGUACCUAUAGGCGAGGCGUACGGUAUGAGUGAAAGCUCAGGACCCCAUUCCGCGUCCAGCCCAGAGAACUACCGGAUUCUAAGUUCCGGCAAAGUCACGACUGGGUGUAAGAACAUGCUGUACCAGCAGACCAAGGACGGCGUUGGGGAAAUCUGCCUCUGGGGCCGGCAUGUCUUCAUGGGCUACCUGGAGAGCGAGGACGCGACCGUGGAGGCCAUCGAUGAGGAGGGCUGGCUCCACUCUGGGGACCUCGGCCGCAUGGACAACCAGGGCUUCCUCUUUAUCACAGGCCGCAUCAAAGAAAUUAUCAUCACUGCUGGCGGCGAGAAUGUGGCCCCCAUUCCCAUCGAGAACCUGGUUAAGGAGAAGAUUCCCAUCAUCAGUAACGCCAUGUUAGUGGGAGAUAAGGCCAAGUUUCUGAGUGUCCUCCUGACGCUGAAGUGUGAGGUCGACAAGACGACUGGAGAGCCACUGGACAGACUGACCUGGGAGGCCAUCAGGUUCUGCCGGGAUGCAGGCAGCCAGGCGACCACCGUGUCCGAGAUCUUGGAGCUGCGAGACCCUUUGGUCUACACGGCCAUCCAGAAAGGCAUAAAUGCCGUGAAUCAGUGUACCAUCUCCAACGCGCAGAAGAUUCAGAAGUGGGUCAUCUUGGAGAAGGACUUUUCCAUCAGUGGCGGGGAGCUAGGUCCAACAACAAAGAUUAAAAGACAUUUCAUAAUGCAGAAAUACAAAAAGCAAAUCGACAACUUCUAUCAGUGACGUCAUUGGCAGAGCUGCUCCCGGCUGCCCCGAUGGUGAGACUGGCUUCGCUGGGCUGUGCCUCAGAUGAGUCCAACACAGCUGGUCCCCCCCGAGCGGCAGCCUCCAAGAGGAAGACCCCAUCACGACGUGAUUUGCUGCUCUGGGCAGGGACUUGAGUCUCUCGUGUUUUUAAGAAGUCAGAUUCCCCAUGGGUCAGUCUCUUUGUCAUCCACCUGUUGAAGAGGUACCCCCCUCUCAGACCUGCCAUGCCUCUUGAAGCGACAGGGCCAUCACAGACCUCUGAAUUCCCAUGAACCUUCAGGGCGUGAUCCUGGGAAAGCUGAUGGGGAGGUCUCUGAAGAACUGCCUGUUUUAAAGAAAGAUCUGACCUCGUGGGUUCCAACUGGCUUUUUUCCCUCUUCGGAGGAUUGACUUGAGACAUCAGAGAAGAAAAGCUUUCACACGUGUGAAGAAGAACUGGGCCCCCGAACCUACCUGCCUUCCUGGGAGCAACUUGAAAACCCUUCCACUAAGUUCUGACAAUAAAGCACUUCAA